GCAAAAUUUAAGAGAUUUAGGUUUAAAAUAUUCCAAAUUGCCAAUACCUAGAAGCUGGGUCUAUCAGUAAACAGGUUGCCCACACUUAAAUUAUUGCACUACACAAUUGCAUGCCCAAUUGGGUAUUUAAUAAUAUUGCAGACAGGCUGUCCACUUUAUAAGCAAAUUCCAAAGACAUUGCAUUAUUAACAUUCUUACACUUCAUUCCCUAGUCGCAAAUGAGUCUCAUUUGGUAAGACGUUCUUUUAAUUUAAAUAGAGUUACGGUUUCAAAUUGUAUUCAUGCACUCAGCUGUUUAAAAAUUGGAGUUAGAGCUUCACUCGGUACUCUCGAAUGAACAUUGAUCUAAAUAUAAAAAGUUUAAAAAUAUGUCUUAUAGUUUAGAGUCUUUAGACUCAUUUAGAACAUACUCAUACUCAUGCACAAUAUAUAAAAGAAAACACUCUGCUCUUUUCACUUCUGUAGUAAAAAUAUUUCAACUUUCAACUACCAACUGUACUAUUGACUGAAACUCUUUCCAUUAAUGUUGGACAAAGUUCACAUCUACUGUUGACUCAACUCAACCCUCUUCUGUUUUUUUGUUUCUGCAUAAUGGGCUGUUCUUAACUUUUUCAGCAGAUCAACUUCACUUCAGGUAUUUGCUGCAAACUUUCUAAGAUCAAAGAUAGUUUUUUUUCAUGGGUUAUUGUAGCUGGUUUCUGCUUUCAUGUCUUACAUGGAGUUUUUUGAUCUUGGGUACAUUUCAACUACAAUCUUCACAAACACAAGUUCUUGUUCAACUGAGGAAGCACUUAGAAUAUCCUUUUGAACUAGAGAUUUGGAAUGAUCAUACUGUAGAUUUUUGCUAUUUAUCUUCAUCCACUCAAGUGAAUGUGACCUGUCAGGACAAUGUUGUCACUGAGCUGAGAAUUAUAGGAGACAAGCCAUCCCAUGUUGUUGAUAAUAACUUUGUUGGGUAUGCAAUUUCAACUCAAACUUUAUCAGAAAAUUUCUCUAUGGAUUCUUUUGUUGUCACUCUUGCUAGGUUAGGUAACUUGAGAGUCCUUAGUCUUGUGUCUCUUGGCAUUUGGGGUCCACUGCCAGACAAAAUUCAUAGAUUGUCUUCACUUGAGUUCCUGGAUUUAAGUUCAAAUUAUCUCUAUGGUUCUGUUCCUCCCAAGAUUUCAACAAUGGUGAAGCUUCAAACUCUUGUUCUUGAUCACAAUUUCUUUAAUGACACGGUUCCUAAUUGGUUCGAUUCGCUGUCUAAUCUUACAGUUCUAAGAUUGAGUAACAACAAAUUGAAAGGUUCAUUUCCAUCUUCAAUUUCAAAAGUUGUUACUCUUACUGAUCUUGUUUUGUCUAGCAAUGAAAUAUCUGGGAAGUUACCAAGUCUUGAUACCUUAACUAAAUUACAUGUACUGGAUUUGAGUAACAACAAUUUAGAUUCUAAUCUGCCAUCAAGCCCUAAAGGAUUGGUCAUGGCAUUCCUAGGUAACAACUCGUUUUCAGGUGAGAUUCCGCGUAAGUAUAGCCAGCUAAGCGAUCUUCAACACCUUGAUCUUUCAUUCAAUGAACUAAGUGGAACACCUCCUGCUGCUCUUUUCUCACUGCCAAACAUCACUUACUUGAAUUUGGCAUCGAAUAUGUUCACCGGUUCUGUUGCAGAUCAUCUAAGCUGUGGCAGCAAACUUCAGUUUGUUGAUAUUUCGAAUAAUAGUUUUACUGGGAAACUGCCUUAUUGUUUGAGUACUGACUCGGGUGAUAGAGUGGUUAAGUUUGGUGGAAACUGCUUAUCCAUUGAUUUACAUCGCCAGCGUGCGGAAUCAUCUUGUGUGAACUUACCUCUGGCAGUAAAAAAUAAAGAAGCAGGAGGCAGAAAUGUGGGAGUAUUAGUAGGUGUGGCUGCCGGUACGCUUAUUGUUGUGGUGAUUCUGGCUUUUGGUUUUCUCAUAGUGUGUAAAAAGUCGCGAGGAAUAUCUGAGCAGCAUUUGUUGCACAAAGCAGUGCAAGAAACUUCAGCGCCAGGAUUCUCCUCUGAGAUACUCACAAAUGCAAGGUAUAUUUCUGAAGCUGCAAAGCUGGGAACUCAAGGUCUCCCAGCUUGUCGGCCAUUCACGUUAGAAGAGCUAAAAGAAGCUACAAGAAACUUCGAUGAUGCUAUCGUUUUGGGUGAAGGUUAUUAUGGAAAGCUUUACAAAGGAAGAUUACAAGAUGGGACUCAAGUUGCUAUAAGGUGUUUACCUUCUUCAAAGAAAUAUACAACUCGAAAUCUUAAGCUCAGAUUGGAUUUGCUUUCAAGGCUUCGUCACCCGCACUUGGUUUGCCUGCUGGGACACUGCAUUGAUGGUGGUGGACAAGAUGAUUACAGAGUGAACAAAGUGUUCCUUGUAUAUGAAUUUGUUUCAAAUGGGAAGCUUCAAGCUCAUCUAUAUGAUGACAGCCAAGGCAAUGUCCUAAAUUGGCCAGAGAGGUUGACAGUGGUAAUUAGUAUUGCAAAAGCUGUGCAUUUUCUUCAUACUGGAGUAAUUCCUGGUUUCUUCAACAAUCAGUUGAAAACUAAUAAUAUCCUGCUCAAUGAACACGGGAUAGCAAAACUAAGCGACUAUGGUCUGUCAAUUAUCUCGGACGAAAUAGGAAACUUUCGGGAAGGUGGAGAAGCCCUUAAAGAACGGCAAAUGGUAAGAUUAGAGGAUGAUGUUUAUAGUUUUGGCUUCAUACUACUCGAAUCACUCCUUGGUCGCUCAGUAUCUGCCAGAAGAGACAGGCUUUUAGUGGAUGAAUAUUUGGCAUCUUGUAACAGUCAGGAGAGCUAUAGAAAAAUAAUAAACCCGGUGGUGCUUGCGACGAGCACACAAGAAUCUUUAUCAAUUAUUAUGUCCAUAACGAGUAAAUGUAUUUCUUGUGAAUCAUGGAGCCGCCCGUCAUUCGAGGACAUUUUAUGGAACUUGCAAUAUGCAGUUCAAGUUCAAGCAACAGCAGACGGUAUGAAGAUUUGAGGUAAGUAAACCAAUUAGCAGAUCCACAAAAGGGAUAUUCUAUUUAGAAACUUAGCAUUCUGUAUUUAUUCUAAUCAUAGAUAUUAGUGAAGAGAAAACUGUUAUCAUCUGAGUUUGUUACUAUUAGCAAAUAUUAACAUUUGAUAACUGUACUGUACUAUCGUCCGAAUACGGAAUGUUAAAGCAAUGUAUAUGAUCCACCGGUGAGUUUGUUUGAGCAAUAAAGAGCAUCUACAUGUUGCAACUGUAA